CAUCACUGGAGUAGCUCCCCAUGAGCAAAACGAACCAAUGCGCAUGCGCGGAACAUUCGAUCACUGGUGGUGUAGCUAACGGCUAGGCUAGACUCCAGCAACAUGGAACGGAAAGUGUUAGCCCUCCAGGCAAGGAAAAAAAGAGCAAAAGCGAAGAAGACGAGCAAAAAGCAGCCAGUCAAUCCCAGAGCCCGACAGGUGCCACAGCAGCUAGAAGCUUCACCCCAGGAACCAGAGGAACCAGAGGAGAUUCUUGGGUCGGAUGAUGAGGAGCAGGAGGAUCCAAAUGACUACUGUAAAGGUGGUUACCAUCAUGUAAAGGUAGGAGACCUUUACAAUGGAAAAUACCAUGUAAUUCGUAAGCUGGGCUGGGGGCACUUCUCCACCGUGUGGCUCGCCUGGGACAUCCAGGUGAAGAGGUUUGUUGCAAUGAAGGUGGUAAAGAGUGCAGAGCACUACACGGAAACAGCAGUGGAUGAGAUUAAACUUCUUAGAUCUGUAAGAAACUCAGACCCUGAUGAUCCCAACCGGGAGAUGGUGGUCCAGUUGUUGGACGACUUCAAGAUCUCUGGUGUCAAUGGAACUCAUGUGUGCAUGGUGUUUGAGGUGUUGGGACAUCACCUAUUAAAAUGGAUCAUUAAGUCCAAUUAUCAAGGGCUGCCCCUGCCAUGUGUGAAGAGUAUCAUACGACAGGUUUUGCAAGGCUUGGACUACUUGCACUCAAAGUGUGAGAUCAUCCACACAGACAUAAAGCCAGAGAAUAUCCUAAUGAGUGUUGACGAGCCGUAUGUCAGGAGACUGGCAGCAGAAGCCACAGAGUGGCAGAAGGCUGGGGCGCCCCCUCCCUCUGGUUCAGCAAUAAGCACAGCACCUGCACCAAAACAGACGGUAAAAAUGUCAAAGAACAAGAAAAAGAAAUUAAAAAAGAAGCAGAAGCGUCAGGCGGAGCUUCUGGAAAAGUGCAUCCUGGACCUGGAAGAGAUGGAAAAGACCACGGAGACACGCGAGGAGGAAGACGAUGAAGAUGAGGAGCCACAGUCUCCCAAGGGACGGGUCUGCGCGCCUCUCAGACAGGUGUCUUUUCAGGAUCUAGGAAACGAUGGAACCGAGGGUGAGUGCAGUGUCAGUGCGGACCACGUGAGGAUAGGACCAGAAGGGCUGCCAGAGGUGAACUGUAACGGCCACGUAGAAGUGGAGCAGAGGCAGACCCAGUGGAGGGACGAAGACCAACACAACGGAAAUGCAGAGCCUGCAGAAAAAUGUGCCAGUCAGGAUGAGCCACGCGAGGAAUCGCCUGUACACCCGAUCUGCAAUGGUGUGGAUUCUGCUGACCUCAAGGAGCUGGACAUUGAGACUGAAACCAGCGGUGCUCUGUGCAGUGGGGGGACAGAGAGAUGCCUCUCUGCUGGACUGGAGGAGGAGGAGGAGCUGGAACAAGGCAUUUGCCAGGAAGAUGGAGACGAUGGGACUGAGUGUCAUCAAUACAGAACCCAGGAAAGCCUGAGAAACGGCAAGCUAUCAGCAGGAUCCCUGCUAGUUAACCCUCUUGAGCCACUCAAUGCAGACAAGAUCAAGGUCAAGAUCGCAGAUUUGGGAAAUGCCUGCUGGGUGCACAAGCACUUUACAGAAGAUAUCCAGACACGACAGUACCGGUCCCUAGAGGUGCUUAUUGGUGCUGGAUACAGCACACCCGCCGACAUAUGGAGCACAGCCUGCAUGGCCUUUGAACUUGCCACUGGGGAUUAUUUGUUUGAACCACAUUCUGGGGAAGAUUACUCCAGGGAUGAAGACCACAUUGCACUGAUCAUUGAGCUGCUGGGGAGUGUCCCACGCAAACUCAUAAUGACUGGCAAAUAUUCCAAGGACUUUUUCACCAAGAAAGGUGACUUGAAACACAUCACUAAGCUGAAGCCGUGGGGGCUGCUGGAGGUGCUGAUCGACAAGUACGAGUGGCCCCGCGAAGAGGCCGAGUGCUUCACAGACUUCCUGCUCCCCAUGCUGGAGCUGGUCCCUGAGAAGAGAGCCACUGCAGCUGAGUGCCUGCGCCACCCCUGGCUCGCCCUCUAGUGGACACUUCCAACCUUUGCACCUCCCCUCCCUCCCACUCUCCAGAGACUGCAACAGAUCACUUUCCAGUUUGGGCAUAUCAGAUGAAUAUUUAUUAUUUCUCCGUUUUUGUUUGUUUGUUUUUUCAUUGUUUUGGAUAUCUUAUGUUCUUGUUAUUGAGCUAAUGCUUCUGUGUACGUUUGCUUUGUAUUCGUUGGUUCUUCUCUCGUGAUGACGUCAGGAAUCCGGUGGAUAAUAUUUCUUUGUGGUCAUGUUGGCUCCAACUGCUGUGCUUCGUUCACCCACCCGACUAAGCAAACCUGUUAUUGUAUUUCCAGUGACUCAUCCUUGUUUGUUACACUCCUGCACUAAAACCCAAACAAGUCAAGGAUAUGUAGCCUUUAUUGGUCGUUUUUAUCCCCAUAAAAAGGACUCGCUAUCACUUUUUUUCUUGUACAAUUUCAUUAGUGCUGUGUUUUAUUUUUUUUAAGUUGUUAUUUUAUCUUCUAUUACACAGGUAAGGUAUCCAUUUUGUAUUUGUAAAGUAGGUUUAGGAAGUUGCACACUGGGCUGACAUUUACACUGACUGUGGUAAUGUUCACAGCGUUUCUCCAGACAGACCGUCUUAUUUCUUACAACUUCUGAAUCUAGGUCACAUGAGGUAAUCUCCACAGAAUCAGCUGUCACCUGGUAUUUAGUGGUUAGUUUAUUGUUAUAAAGGAGGUUUUCCUUAUGGGAGGCUGGUAUUCUCAUACGCCGACUACAAUUCAGGAAUAUAGUGGUUUAAAGGUUUCAAGAAGUUGACAUGGUCAGAAAAGAAGCCCACUUAAAAGGAAAAAAGUGAAAAUAAACUGUAUAUAUCUGUACCAAAGAGUUUGCCUUUAUGUAUAUUACAGUUAUGUACAGUUUUUAACAAAUCUUAUAUCUUAGCUAAAGUUAUUUAGCUGGGUAGCUGUGUUUUAAUAAAGCGUAUGGAAGAUGUGUUUGCGCUCAGUUGUGUGUAUGGCCAGCAGUUCAGUAAUGUUUUUACCAUAGAAAUGGUGCGAUCUCAUGUCAUGUAAUGUGUCCCAAAUGGAUCAUAUCAAAGUAACCUUUGUAUCUGUUGAGACUUAGGUUAAAAUAAAUUUACAUCAAGAUUCAAGAGCGUAGACUUUGUGUGAGAUCUCAACUUACAAAAUUGUACAAAACAAACAUACAAUAAAACAGAUGUCUUCAUACAAUACAGAAUAAAUGUGUACAGACCUGAUUUUUAUUUGUUUUUUUUUUUUUCUUUAGUAAACUUUAUUAGAUGUACGAUAUGGAGCCCAGAGCCAAUAUUUGCACUGUGGGGUAGUACUGUCAAGUUUAUGUAGUUCUUGAAGUUCUGUAAAUAGCAAUACAAGAAUGGAAAUGGUGUAUGUUUUGCUUCGAAUGCUUCAGUUCGUAUUUCAGAGUGUCUGUGUUUACCACCAAGUGCCAUCAAAGCAUCAUGAGGUCCUCCAGGUCUGUUCAUUAGUUGUCUGUAAAAAAAAAAAAAAAGAAAAAUGCUGUUAAAGUAGAGUUUAUUGGUUCACUCUUGACCUUGAAAGCUGCUCCUUCCAUUUCCCAUUUUAAAACCUUGACCUGAACUUUAAAGAUUCCCUCCAGGCAUGUUUUAAGACCAGAUAAAACCCUCUGCUGUGAAUACUCAUUUAAGCAGCUUUGUUUCUUGAAUUCCAUAAAUGUCCUCACUUCUGGUUAAAAUGGAGUGAUAUUAAUGUUUAGUGCAGAGAUUUCCAACUAGGGACAUGUGCACCCCAGAGGGCACUUGACUGGAGAGAUUAACUAAAUAUAAUACAUGCAUUUAUUAUGAAGGAACAACACCUAAAGAGGAUAACAAACCAGUGCUGCUCUUUGGUAAAUGUACUCAGAAGGACACACUUUUAGCAAGGAUUCCAAGUGUACAAGAAAUACUAAUAAAAAGGGUUAAACUAUUCAAAUGUAUGAAUGAACAGCUGUAAUAGGGUGAUGAUAAGACUCUUUAACAUGAUUAUUUGUGUUACAUUUAGUUUACAGUUUGGUUCUACUCCAGAUUUAGUCUUGAGACUGGUUUUAACAGGACUUUUAUACCAAGGUCAGUGAAGACAACAGCUCUGGGGUAUCACCAAACUGCUCAUGUUGUCUUAUUUGUUAACAUCAUUACUGUAAUUCAGUGUAAUAAUUUCUGCAUCAAAUGCCACUAACCACCUGACACAUUAGUACGGUGGCCUUGAGGGCUGAAACACAACAUUCCAGACAUUUCACUGGUCUACAAACAACAUGCCUCCACAGUGAGAGGGAAACUUUACCUAAUUUGAGUCACUAAUGACGAAAACUUGAGUCAAAAGUGUUGGUUGGCUCUAGUUUUCAUGGUAUAGUAUCGGUUAAAGAUGUGAAACCUUAUGAAUUAAUGAUAGAAUGGGUUUUACAU